AUGAACCAGCAACAAAAUAAGAAUCAAGCAUCAACACAAAGCUCCCCUAUUCGGCAGCAAGUUGCUAGUUGCUCACCACAGCAGAAACCAAGUCAAAGUCAACAAGUUAUAACAACUCAAGCUCAAGCGCAGAAUCAAGUUCAUCAAAUAAUGUUGCAACAAGUUAAUCCCGUUCGUCAUCAAAUAGUUACACAACAGCGUGUAGUCCAACAACGGCCGCUGAUUCGUACCCAACAACAGAUUAAUGUCGGACAGCAACAGAUGAAUCAACAAAUUGUUCAACAAAUAAUUCAACAGCAACCUAUGAUUCAAGUCAAUCAACAACAUGUCAACACUCAACAACAGAAUGUUAUACAAAUUCACCAAGGUCAAUCUGUACAGCAACAAGCUGGGCAGCAGCAACAGAAUAUCAUACAAAUUCAUCAAGCGCCGUCAAGUGGACUGCAGACCACGAAUGCACAGCAAACAAUGCUGAUUAAUCAACAACACGGAGGCCCGAGAGUGCCACAACCGAUAGUGCGUGUUCAGCAGCUGCUGUACGGCAUUGCAAGAGCACACACCAGCCAACAACAAUUGCAACAGAACAAAUCAAAUAGCGUCCAGCAGAGCUCCACUCAACAGCAAAUUAUGGUGAAACCUAAUCAGGACAACAAACAGGUAGUCAUCCAGCAAGUCCUCCCGAAUCACAGCGGCGGUACUUCGGUCAUCAGUGCAACAGUCGGUGACGGUUCGACUCCGCCGACUAUUCACAUAAGUGCGCAGGCGCCUGGCGGAGUCGAUCUGGAGAGCGAAUUAAGGGAAUAUCUCGAAAGUGGAGGCGUUCUCACAGCUGAUCAAGAUGCCACUAUUGCACAAAUAUUAAUGGAAUAA